UGUUGCGAGUCAGCUGACAAGUGUAGUUCCGCUUCUGCGCGUUGGCUGUCAGCUGACAGAUGUUUGCUGCCUCGGUAAAAUAAAAACACCUGCGCGAUCAGAGAUCAGCAGCAGCGCGAUGAGUGCUGGUACCCCCCGAUCACUGGCCUCGUCCGGGCAGAAGUCAAUUCAGGAUAUCUGCCACCCUCUGUCCGCCGAGGAGUCCGCGCUUAGCCGCAGCCCAGAUGUGCUCAACCCCAGCGGUGCUGGAGAGAAGGACCUGAGUCUGCCCAAUGGGACUCCAGUAGAUACAUCAAGCCCCGCCUCCUCUUCAUCUCUGCUGAACCGACUACAGCUCGAUGAUGAUUUGGAUGGAGAAACACGUGACCUGUUUGUGACUGUAGACGACCCCAAGAAACACGUGUCUACUAUGGAGACAUACAUCACCUACAGAGUCUGCACAAAGACCACCAGGACAGAGUUUGACCUGCCUGAGUACUCGGUAAGGCGACGCUAUCAGGACUUUGACUGGCUGAGGAACAAAUUAGAGGAAAGCCAACCCACCCACCUUAUUCCACCCUUGCCUGAGAAAUUUGUUAUGAAGGGAGUGGUGGACCGUUUUUCAGAGGAGUUUGUGGAGACCAGAAGAAAGGCACUAGACAAGUUCCUCAAACGUGUUGCAGAUCAUCCGGUGCUCUCUUUCAAUGAACAUUUCAAUGCAUUUCUCUCAGCCAAGGACUUGAAUAAGCGGCAAGGCCUGACUCUGCUGACUAAAAUGGGGGAAUCUGUGAAGUAUGUGACGGGUGGUUAUAAACUGAGAGGACGGCCGAUAGAGUUUGCCGCCAUGGGUGACUAUCUGGAUGUGUUCACACAGAAACUGGGCACCAUUGACAGGAUAGCACAGAGAAUCAUCAAAGAGCAAUCAGAAUUCUUGAUGGAGUUAAGGGAAUAUGGGCCUGUCUACUCGUCCUGGUCGUCGUUUGAGGAAGAGCUCCAUGAUCCUCUGGAGGGGGUGGCGGGGUGCGUGUCAAACUGCUCCAGUGCUCUGGAUGAACUCACAGAGGACAUGAGUGAAGACUUUCUCCCUGUGCUCAGAGAAUACGUCCUAUACAUCGAAUCCAUGAAGAAUGUGCUUAAGAAGAGAGACCAAGUCCAGGCUGAAUACGAAACAAAGUUGGAGGCAGUCGUGUUCAGGGAGGACAAAAAGACACCGGUGCCCACUGACGUGGAGAAGUGCCAGGAUCGUGUGGAGUGCUUCAAUGCCGACCUGAAGGCCGACUGGGACCGCUGGCAAAACAACAAGCGUCAGGACUUCAGACAGCUGCUGACUGGCAUGGCUGACAAAAACAUCCAGUACUAUGAGAAGUGCCUUGCAGCAUGGGAGUCCCUUAUUCCGUUGUUACAAGACAAACAGGAAGCAAGAGGUGAAACGAACUGAGCAUGUAUUUCAGCCGUUCUGUCGGCACCCUGGUGAGGGUGAGAGGUCAUGAUCCUGUGAAAAGGUUUCACGGGACAGCCGGGGACGGGACACUACUGGACUGGACGAGCUACCAGAAUUCCAUUUUGUAAAGUGUCUCUAUUUGUGAAAGCCCACCCAACCAACACCCUCUCUCUCUCUCGGUCUCGUUUCCCCCUCUCUUUUUUGGUGGAAGGAGAAUUUGUAGUUUCUCUUCUCAAGCUCAGGCUAGAACCGCAGAAGCACGGCUCUGGGAAACGUUAAACGAUUGCGGCUCUGACAGGAGAAUGACAAAUGGAAGGAAAUAACAGAUUUGUAGUUUUUAGUGAAAUGUUUGCCAGUAAUCCUUUUGUAAACGCUUGUCUUUUGAUGCUGUCCGGCCAAGGGAACAGAGACGUCAGUGUUUCAGUUUUUGUGUUCACGUUCAUGAAGAGUCUGCGGAAGGUUUGCCAACAUUCCUCUUGCCAAAGAUGUGGAAUUGUAGUUUAAUUAUCUCUCUUUUUUUUCUUUUUUUUUUUUUCUUCUUCUUCUUUCCAGAAGAAUAUUUGGACUUUGGCACCACAAAACACUUGCCUGAAUUGGCAGUUCCCUCGUUACACUAUAAAUUUGAAGGAUGUUUUUCCAGCCAUACUUGACUUCAUUAAAUAUUUAUGAUAA